AUGUCGUCUUCGUCUACAACUGAGCCAAGACUAGCAUUUACAUCUUUAUGUAUUUGGCCAGCAUAUGGUGCAUUACCUUCUUUUGAUCCUGAAUGUCUUGGUGUUCUUGCACAUUUCGCUUUCUCUCGAUUGAAUGUUCCUAUUAAAACAAAUCUUGGUCGAUUAAAAUUUUACAAAGAACGUUUACCACUUCUACUUAGUGAUAAUGAUAAUAUACAUCUAGCAGCAGGUUAUGAAGCUAUUGUUGAUCAUUGUAAAAGAUCGCAUAUUGAUAUUGAUGAAAAAUUUCAAGCUAAUAUUGCUGAUUUACUUGCAUUGAAUGCACUUGUAAAAUCAACAUUUGUACCAGCUGUUCUUGAUACAUUUUGGCUUGAUGAUACAUAUCGAAGUUCGAUUAUAAAUAUUUAUGCUCGAUCACUUGGUGGUUUUCCGCUUGCUUUCUUUUAUGGUAAACAAAAAACAGAAAGCAUUAAAAAUCAAUUUAAUAUUAUUUAUGGUGAUAAAAAUUUUGAUCAAACUCGAAAAUCUAUAUUUGAAAAAGGCAAAAAAGUUUUAGAUCAUUUAACUGAUGUACUCGGAACUAAACCAUUUCUAUUUGGUGCUAGUCCAACAAGUAUUGAUGCAUUUGUUUUUGGUUAUUUGGCUCCAUUAAUUCAUGGUCCUGCAUCAAAUAGUGCACUUGCACGUUAUGCUUCAAGUAGAAAAAAUCUUUGUGAUUUUGUUAAUCGAAUAUUAACAGUAUAUCUUGGUGAUCUAGCUAAAGAUAAUGAUACAACUGAUUCUGUAUCAACAACAAUACCGACAACAUCAAAUGAAGAUCGUCUUCGUGAUAAAGUAGCAGUCAUUGCUGUUGGUAUAUUAACCAUGUGUGCCUAUGCAUAUCUAUCUGGACUUAUUCGUAUUGAAAUUAAUCAAGUAGAAUGA